CGCCUGACUUGUAGGAGGAGGGACAGGAAAAUGCCUUUCUCUGUGGGAGACAUUAGCCCUGUGAUCUCAUGAAUAUAUUACAGAGGGUCAUUGUGCAAUGAGGAAGGUAUUGCUGAGCAGCAAGGUUAUGGCCUGCCCCAAAGCACAGACUGCAACAAGCUGAUUCUAAUUGACUCGACUGGCUCACUUAGUGACUGUUUAUAUACCGCACGGAAGUUUACAAUAAAUAAGAUAAUAACAUUUAAAGCGUUACGGAUAGUGUGCUCACUCCUCUAAGAGUGUGGCACGUAAAAACAAAAAGACAAAUAUAUUAUUAAUACGCUCGACAACACGGUAAUCAAGCAGCCUUGUCUUGUUAGCCGGACUGCGACACUAGCUAGCCGUGGAGCUAACUGUCUACAACCAAGCGGCUCUUCAUCGUCUGGCAGCUGGAGCAGGGAAAAAGGGCUGCCUCUUGAGGACAGUGGGGGCUCUCUCAUGAUCCCCCCGUUCAUCCGAUGAACCCCCUCAACUCCAUGAAACCCUCCCUGCCUCCCACUCCACAAAGCAGUGACGGCCCCUUCCUGAAUGACCCAGUCUCCUGGCAACCAGGCACCAAUCAGCACCCAGGAUCUCUCUCUGUAGUAACCACAGUGUGGGGCGUGACCAAUCCCACACACAGCCAGGUGUUCGGUGGCCCCAUGGGUCCGGGUGAGAGCUCAGGUGGUCACAUGAUGCCUGGCGGCAGCCCCGGUAUGGGUCCUGGCAUGGGCUCUCAGUUCAUGGGCCAGCAGUCGUAUGGAGACGCUGUGUCUAAAGGCUAUGGACAGCCGGUCAUGUACGGACGUCCCAGUGCUGCUUACAACCCGGCCUCAGCCUACGGUGGAAGUUACUCUGGUAACAGCGGAGGUGCCGGUCUGGGCGUCCGUCCUCCCUCAGACUUCACUCAGGCUGCUGCCGCUGCUGUUGCCGCCGCCGCUGCCACAGCAACUGCCACUGCUACGGCAACUGUUGCAGCAAUACAAGAGAAACAGAACCAGGAGCUGAACUAUGGCCAGAUGGGUGGAGCAUCCUCUUACAGCACCCAGUUCCUGUCUCAUGCGGGCCCCCGCGGCCCUCCAGGGAUGGUCUCUUCCAGGCCCGGGCCUCCACCUUCCAGCGCAGGCCUGUAUCCCACUCACCCGGCCCAGGCUCAGAAGAUGCCUCAGCACGGAGGGUAUCCCGGUCCACAGCAGGGGCUCAAACGACCUUUUCAUUCAGAGGGUUUCCCGGUGCAGCAGUACGGUUCUGGAGGGAUGUCAGGGUACCCGUCUCAGCCUCUGCAGUACCCCACCGGUCCACAGCAGCGAUGUGCCCCCUCGCCCUCUUACCCCUCCAGUCGGAUGCCUCUCAUGGGACAGUACACUUCUGGAUCACACAACCCAGGACAAUUCCCUCCUGGAGCCGGCCAGCCCAAUCCUCCACAGUAUUAUAAGUCGGAGCCGUUCAAUGGUCAGGGCAGCCUGCCGUCAGGAGGAGCAGGAGGAUACAACGCCUUCACACAGGCUGCAGUCAACGGACCAGGUCGGGGUGGAGUGAUGCCUGGGUAUCCCAGCUCGCCGAUGGGAGGGAACCCCACGCCGCCGAUGACGCCCGGGACCUCCAUACCUCCCUACCUGUCCCCGGGUCAGGACACAAAACCCCCCUACCUCCCACCGGACACCAAACCCAACAUCAGCGCCCAGCAGGUCUCGACAGGUAACCCGAGUGACGACCUGCGUCUGACGUUCCCGGUACGAGACGGCGUGGUGUUGGAGCCGUUCAGACUGGAACACAACCUGGCUGUCAGUAACCACGCCUUCCAGCUGAGAGACUCAGUCUACAAGACACUCAUGUUGAGACCUGAUCUGGAGCUGCAGUUUAAGUGUUACCACCAUGAGGACAGACAGAUGAACACAAACUGGCCUGCCUCUGUACAAGUGAGUGUCAACGCAACUCCUCUGUGCAUUGAAAGAGGAGACAACAAAACCUCCCACAAGCCGCUGUACCUAAAACCAGUGUGUCAGCCGGGUCGUAACACCGUACAGAUCACCGUAACCGCCUGCUGUUGUUCCCACCUGUUUGUGUUACAGCUGGUCCACCGGCCAUCUGUCAGGUCUGUCCUGCAGGGUUUGAUGAAGAAGAGGCUCUUGCCGGCUGAGCACUGCAUCACCAAGAUAAAGAGAAAUUUCAGUAGCGGCACUAUCCCCGGGACCCCUGGUCUGAACGGAGAGGAUGGCGUAGAGCAGACAGCAAUCAAAGUUUCCCUGAAAUGCCCGAUCACAUUCAGACGAAUCCAGCUGCCAGCCAGAGGUCACGACUGCAGACACAUACAGUGUUUCGACCUGGAGUCCUAUUUGCAGCUUAAUUGUGAAAGAGGGACCUGGAGAUGUCCUGUGUGCAAUAAAACAGCUUUGCUAGAAGGUCUGGAGGUGGACCAGUACAUGCUCGGGAUCCUCGUCUACAUCCAGAAUUCUGACUACGAGGAGAUCACCAUAGACCCGGUGUGUGGCUGGAGGCCGGUGCCCGUCAAACCAGACCUGCACAUAAAGGAGGAGCCCGACGGUCCGGUCCUGAAACGCUGCCGAACAGUCAGCCCGAGUCACAUGGUCCUGCCUAAUGUGAUGGAGAUGAUCGCCGCUCUGGGCCCAGCGUCAUCCCCCUACCACAGUCUGACUGCAGGGGGCAGGAACACCCCCGACUACAACAGGCCAGGGAGCCAGGGAUUCUCCAGCCAAGCAGGAUUCACAGACUUCCCCAACACUCCUGGCACCCCGACACUGGGAGAGUACGCCCCCUCUGGACCUCCUCCUCCAAUCCCAUAUCAGUCUGAGCAGACGCCUCAUCCUGGACGAAUCGAACACUCCCAUAACGUCCUCCAGCAGCACAGUUCAGGUGUUCAUGGUAAUCAGAGCCUCGGUGACGCCGGCAGUCCGCUGCCGCAGCGGAGCGUCAACACCCAGAAUAAUUCCCGGCUGCAGAGCGAAGGCUCAUUCGGUCUGGGAGGCCCUGGAGCACAAGGAGGAGAGGGGGCCGACCAUGCACUAGAUCUUCUUCCUGAGCUGACCAACCCGGACGAGCUGCUGUCCUACCUGGGCCCCCCUGACCUCCCCAACAACAGCAGCGACGACCUGCUGUCUCUGUUCGAGAACAACUGACCACCCUCAUGUGUUCGUUCAUCUUCCAGCUUCUCUGUUUGCUGUAGGCCUGCCCUCAUCGGUUGAAGACGGCACCGUCUCUGUCUACACCCACCUCUUCUGUGUGUGUGUGUGUCUGUGUGAGAGAGAGUGAGUGUGUGUGUAUGAGUGUGUUUUAUGUUUGUGUAUCUUUGUCUUUUUGAAGUGUCCUGCUGUACUUUGAUAUUCACUCUCAGUGCAGUAAACAGGAAGAGGAGGGAACACUGUCUAUCAUGAAGAGUUUAACAGUACAAACUGUAGGCACUGACUCUGCAGACCAGCAUUUUCAAAACUAUAGCACAAAUCACAGGCUGAAGAAUUUAAAUACACAGUAUUUAAGUUAUAGAUUUUAUUAGUUGGAGUGGAGGAUGGUGAAAGCCGGGGUGUGUUUAUGAGGUGUUAAGGGACACGUUAACACAGUGGUUUCCAAACUUUCUUUCUGUCGGGGCGCCCUUUACACACACACACACACACACACACACACACAUUCCUGUUGGAUUACUUUGUAAAGUAAACACAGUAUUUCUCUGCUGUUUACCUUGCGAUUGAAAUAAAAGAUUAUCGUUACGUUAAAGGGGAAAUUCAACAAAGUUUAUGUGGAUAUUUAGAUUGAAGCAAUAAAUUUCUCAGUGGGUGCAAAAUCUGUUCUUCCUGCACUCAGAGCCUUCGUUAGAUGGUAAUGUAAAUGGAGGGAAGGAAGAACUACAGGAUAUCUUGCCGUGGAUUUCUAGUCUCCACCUCACACUAAAAUACAAUAUGGAAUUUUAGGUAGUCAAUGGAGCUGCCUCCUGAAAGUCAGAGAUUCAAAUCAUCAGUCAGAGACACUUCUGCACUGAGAUUUCAAGUUUUCUUUGUGCAGUGUACUGCUGUGGACGUUUUGGUCCCCAGAUUUAGCAGCAGAGUGAGCGCUCCUCAUUUUCACGCUGCUUCUCGGUACAGGCAGCUGCAGACACCGAGGCAGCUGCCCGGAGGAGGAGAAGCUGCACCAUCCGGCUCCCAGAUAGUGUCUUCUGCUUAGAGGUGGUGAAUUUACAGCUCACAGCAACUUAAUACGACACAGUCUCUGAGCCAUUGUGCGUAGGACUGCGUAGGACCUGUAACAGCUAAUUAUGAGAACUAAAACUUUAAAAUACUCUGACAUUUCAAGCAGCCGCUUAGCGUAGCUUAGCAUUAGGGGCAAACAGCUAGCCUGGCUCUGUCUAAAGUUAAAGAGAAAAAACCUGCUGACCUGAUAUAACACGUUAUAUCCUGUUUCAUCUGUACAAAAGUGCCAAAAUGACAAUUAGCUGUACCCUGCUGCUGGUACGACUCUGCGAGCAGGAGAACUUGUCUUUCUCUAUCAAUACAGCACAAACUGAGGAAUUUAUUGCACACUCAUUGGAGAUCCACAUAAAAAAGGUGGCGAAAUUUCCCCUUUAAGUUUCCUGAGGUGUAAAAACCUUUCUUGUAGUAUUUUAAACCGCUGUAAACCCCAACCCAGCCCCGAUGCAACAUCCCAGUUUGCAAACCACUGCAUUAAAGGUUAAGGCUCGUGAUAUCAGCAUCUCCCAUGAAAAGACCAAAACCACCAAUGUUGUAGUCCGUCUCUCAAUACUGUCUGACUUCCUGUCUGUCUCAGCUCCAAGUGCACUGGUUCCUACUGGAUGCUUUAAUCUUAAAAGUCUCAGUAUUUUCCUAAAACAGGGGGGAAACUAUUUUCAACAGCAGAUUAAUCCACAUAUGAGCCCUGUUUCCUUCAAACACUUUCAGUAUAGUAUCUUUGGAACCAACAGUAACCCUUCAGACAUGGUACCUAGACCCUAGUGUUUCCACUGCAAACACUACCCUUAAAUGUGGGCGGGGUUGUUGUC